CAUGGCGGAGACCAUCGAGCCCAGCGAUCAGGACCUUGAGAUGAACAAGCUUCGUCAGAGCCUGCGCAGAAAAAAGCCGACGUACGUGCCCGAAGCCAGCCGGCCGCACCAAUGGCAAGCCGACGAGGAGGCUGUGCGCAAGGGCAAGUGCAACUUCGCAGUCCGGUAUUUGGGCCUGGUAGAGGUGGAGGAGUCCAGGGGGAUGCACGUGUGUGAGGAGGCAGUGAAGAAACUCAAAGUUAGCGGGAAGAAGUCUGUCAAAGCGGUGCUGUGGGUGUCAGCGGAUGGCCUGAGAGUGGUCGACGACAAAACCAAGGACCUCAUUGUGGACCAGACUAUUGAGAAGGUGUCUUUCUGCGCGCCCGACCGGAAUUACGACAAGGCCUUCUCCUACAUCUGCCGCGACGGCACCACGCGCCGCUGGAUCUGCCACUGCUUCAUGGCUCUGAAGGACUCGGGGGAGCGCCUGAGUCACGCAGUGGGCUGUGCGUUCGCCGCCUGCCUGGAGCGGAAGCAGCGGAGGGAGAAGGAGUGCGGGGUGACGGCCUCCUUCGACGCCAGCCGCACCUCCUUCGUGCGCGAGGGCUCCUUCCGCAUCACCUCGACCGGACAGCAGCCCGACCGCGAGGACAUCAUGAAGCAGCUGCAGGACAAGAAGAAAGCAGACGCACCCUGCGCCAUCCCCGCCAUCCCGCCGGGCACCGCCUCCCCCCCGGAGGGCGCGGCCUCGCCGGUGGAGCGGGCGGAGUCGGCCGGGCCCCACGCCAUCCCCCGCCGCCACGCCCCCAUCGAGCAGCUGGUGCGGCAGGGCUCCUUCCGCGGCUUCCCCGCGCUCAGCCAGAAGAACUCGCCCUUCAAGCGGCAGCUCUCCCUGCGGCUCAACGACCUGCCCUCCACCCUGCAGCGCAAGACCGACUUCCAGGCCAAGAACCCAGUACCGGAGAUGGACCUGUCUAUGUCCGGAGAGAUGGACAGCAUCAACGCCCUCUGCAGCCAGAUCAACACCUCUUUCACCAAGCCCUCCGACGACCUUUUCGCCACCCCUGCCGCCAACGGCAUCCCAGCAUGCACGGCGCCCCCCGCCAUCCCCCCUCCUCCUCUGCCCCAGCAAGCCUCAACCUCGUGGGUGCAGGCAGAACCAGCGACCCAGUCGCCGCCCCCGGUCCAAGGGCACAAGCGGACACCCUCGGAGGCAGAACGCUGGCUGGAAGAGGUGGCCAAGACGGUGAAGGCCCAGCAGCAGCAGCAGCAGCAGCAACAGCAACAGCAGCAGGCACAGCCCCUCCCCCAACAGGCCCCUCCCAUUCCCGCCAUCCCCGCCGCCCCGGGCUCCCUGCCCACCUCCAUGCAGCCCUUCCCCUUGGCGUUUGACGCCACCCCGGCGCCGGUGGGCAUGUACGGGCAGCCGCCCCUGCAGCCGGCCUUCAUGCCCAUGCAGGCCUACAUGCCCGCCCUGGCCAACAGCAUGACCUACCCCAGCGGCAGCGUGCCCGUGGUGGGCAUCACGCCGUCGCAGAUGGUGGCCAACGUCUUCUGCACAGCGGCCGGUUCAGGCACGGGCGCCUCCGCGGGGGGCGGCGGCGCGGGGGCCAAGACGGGCCCCCUCGGCGGCGGGCACCACGCUUUCCCCGCCGCCCACCCCGCCGGCUUCCCCGCGGCCCCCUUUGCUGACCCGGCGGCCGUCAAUGGCCUCCCGCCCAACCCCGCCCCCGCCAUGGCGGCCAAUCACAACGGCUCCAGCAACGGCACCACCUGGCCCGCCGAGGCCGGGCAGCAGCCUGCCCCCUCCGCCGAUUCCCAGGAGGCCGAGCGCUUCGAGGCCCAGUGGGCGGCCCUGGAGUCCAAAACGCCGCCCAAGGCGCCCAACCCCUUCUCCAACGACAUGCAAAAGACCUUCGAGAUCGAGCUUUAACUGUGCCCCAGCGUCCCCUGCAGCUGAGCUGUACGAACUGUGAUACAAAUACACAAAACUGAACCACUCCCCCCGACCUUUACUAUCAUUUCUCUUGAUUUUGCGUUUGUUUCCCGAGAGAUCCGCUUUUCUGCCCUGCCCCAGCUUCGGGGCACCGUGGAAGAUUGGACUGGGGUGUCUGUGGGUGUCCUGGCUUGUUGUGUUGGAUCCCAGGACCGCAACAGGUGCUAACCCAGGCCCCCCAAGACCAUUGGUUUCCUGUUGCAGUGCGUGAAAAGCUGGAGAGGGUAAAGUCAGUCAGGAACAGAAACAUUUAACACAGAGACCUGGGGAUUUUCACUGCGUACUGAAAUGACACUGGUUGACUAGCAAAUGACCUUACGAGAAACAGAGGCUUCAAAGAAGGACUUGGUCUCCUACACUUGUACCCGUAAAAGAGAAAGACUUUGGUGGCCAUCCUUUAUAUCCGUUUUAUUUGAUUUUUUUUUAUCAGUUUACCUUUUAAAUCAGAUUUUAAUCACCAAAAAUAUUUAAAGUAGAUUUUCUUCCCUGUGUGAAUAAGAUUUUAUUUAUGUUUGUAUAACUGGAAGGAAGAGAGAAAUACCAGCUGUUAUUUGUCAGUAGAGUUGAAUGGAGAACUGACUCACCAAAUGAGAGUGCUUAAUUAUAGCCUUAUUGACAAAGCUGUGAGUGUGUAGCACAUGUGAGAGUGUAAAUAGCAUGUUUUUUUUUCCCCUAUUUAUUGCCCUGUGUGUGACCGUCAAUUGCUAUUCAACCCAAAUGAGUCACUGCUAUACCACUAAAGAUGCUCUCCCUAAACCCUCCGGACUCCCCACUCCCAUUACGGGAACAGACGCGGCGGAGUGUUCUAGAACAUUCCAGCAUCGUAGACCAGUAUAGUGCAUUUUGGAGCUAAUUGGUGUAGAGGGAUCCCAAAACCGUAUCUUAAAUAUCGAAUCCGAAGUCAUCCGUCCAAGUACAUUUCCUACACUAGGAAGUGACUGAGGUGUUCUGUGUGCCAGAUGUGGAGGAGUGUUGAUUGUGAACGGCGGCAGGCAGGAUGUGUGGUUCUUGACAUGAGGUAAAAUGCGUUAGGAGGAGAGCGUGUGAUAGCCGUAAGAGGACAGAGGAGAGCCGCAGCCGUGAGUGAACACAGCACCCCUGUAUCGCUCCUUUUCCUGUGAUACCGUUCUUACAGGCAGAGUGUUUCUGAGGGCCUGCGUUGAUUCACCGCUGUGGUUUUUUUUUUUUUUUGGAGACGACUGAACAGUUGACACUUUUAUCAGCGUUUCCCAGAAGCCUGGGCGUGCUGCAUCUGCUCGACUCCCGCUUGCGAGCGUGUGAAUAGCAAGCCUCCUCGGCGACCGCCGAAGGAAAGCAGGAGUUUGAGAGUUUGAGAGCAGGGAGAGGAGCUGUCUCAUCUGCCAGUCUGUGAACAGGAGGGAAAACAGCACUUGGGAAAAGUGAAUGUACCUCAGAGGUCCAAGGAGAGGGCAGGUACGGAGCGGGCAAUGGCCAAAAGCUGAAAGGGCUAGGCUCCUAGCAAAAAAAAAAAAAAAACUUUUUUGUGAAAUUUUUAUUUUUUUUAUUUUAUCUUUGAGAAGUCAGGGAGGUUUCUGCGUGACACGUGAGCAUGUACAGAUGUGGGAGAAAUGCCUGCUUGAUAUGGGGAAAAAAAAGACUUCUUGGAUCUCAGAAAGUGUCAGAUCUUGAUUUAACGUGGGAGUUUCUGCAAGUUUAAGGAUGUUAAAAAGCAGCAAAUUCAAUCAAUACAGAGGCAUAAAUGAUUUCAAAGGUCUAAAAGGGUGAGAGUGGGAUGUCUGGAAGGGUAAAGUAGUCACUGUGUUUUACAGAAUAGACUCAAUGCGGUACUUUUAAUUUUGGAUUAGACUCUUUAAGGAUUUUUCUCUUUUUUUGUUGCUUUAGCGAGGACUGAGGUCCUAUGUAGGGCAGGAGAAGAAGUCACACUGUUAUUAAAGGUACUUUCAGCAGUCAGACUCUGACGAGCGAAAGAAGAGAUGCUGAAAAGUAACUCACAGGAAGAACAAUCGGGUGCUUCACACUGUCACGUUUCCCACUGAAAUACCCGGAGGUUCACCCCGCGCCCCGCACUGAGAAGGAACAGAGUGUGCCGAAGAGCGAAAAAAAAAAUAAAACAAGAGGGUUUAGUUUGCAGAGUGCCGGCGAGUUUUGAAUAAAUGCAAAGAUGCAUGCAAACCAAGCAGCGCCUGGCCCGCCGUCCGUCUCGGCCAGCGGAUACACAUUCCUAGCUGAGGUCAAGAGCACUCCUUCGAAAGCAACCGGCAGGGCGAUGUGUUGCAAAAUGCCCCCGUCCCUUCCUGGAAUUUAUUGGUCGUUAACUCUUAAUUAUUCAGUCACUCAGACUUUUUAUGUGUGGCGUAAUGCUCAACUUCUUGUCUUUUUCCUUGCCCUGAAGAACAUGAAGCUUUUAUAGGGGAACGUUUUCUCUCUUUUUUUUUUUUUUAUCGUCCCCGCUUCUUAUAAAUCGAGACGAUAGUGACGUUUACUGUCCUUUGCCCCUGUCCAGGGUCC